AUGAACACUUCUAGCAGACGCGGUUCUAGCUCUCGUUCUACCAUUACUACCGCUGCCAGCUCAUCCUCUUCUAGUGGUAAGCAUUCAGCUGUCAAGACUGCUAAUACAACUAGUAGCAGCGCAAAAAG